GAGAUGAUGGAGCGGGCGGGGAACAGCCACCUGCUGACUGUCCUGUCGUACCUGAACGCUGGUCACCUGAUCGAGCCUCCCUUCACUCCGUUUGCUCGAGCCAGCACCUUCAGAUCAGUUGGCUCUCGUGAAAAACUGAUGGCUCUGUGGGGCGGAGAGAUUAUUGCACAUUCUCGCGCUCAGGAAGACGCCUGGAGGAAGAUACUGGUCUUUUUGAGGGAGAAUUUGUACGGCGGUGCAAAACCCAGUGCAGAUUCAUUUUCCCACCUGUAACCAUGGCGACAAUUGAUAAUUAUGGAGUCGCAAAGUGGGAAGAGAUACUCGGGCACCCCUGGUUCAGGAAGUAAAAGUCAAUCAGUCAUCCAUCAAUCAAUCAAUUAAUUUAGUCCUGAUUUGCAUCUUCUUACAUUUUUUAGAUUAUUUUUAGGCACUUUAGCCUUUAUUAGAUAGGACAGAUUAUUAGUGUGAAAUGGUAGAAAGAGAGGGGACAACAUGCAGCAAAGGGCAUCAAGCGGGAGUCAAACCAGAGGCCGCAGCGGUAAGGACACUGCCUUCAUGAAGUUGCUUCUGCUGUUUUACAAAUUGAAUCUACAACAGACUGAAUUCAUUGACGUCAUCAUUCGGUGGCGUCAGUCGUGGUGUCAGGGAUCGUGCUCCGAAGUGUAUUACAAUAUUCAUCAUAGUUUGUUAACGUAUCUCGACCU